AUGUUUGCAGUUCCAGGAUGGUCAGUCGCCGCUGACGGUCUCAAGGCUGAAGCACCGGCCAAAAACAACAGCGCGCCCGGCGCCAAAUCCAGGAAGCGCAAGCGCAACAACGCCGCUGCGCCUACAGAGGAUGUCACAUCUUCAACAGUCGCUGAUCUCUGGGAAUCAGUGAUCGAGGGCAAGAAGCCUGAGAAGCAAAACACUGAUCAGUCUGCUAAGCGGCAGAGGAAGAGGGGUAAGGGAGGUAAGGGAAAGCAAGGUGAGGACGAGCAGCCUCAAGACGACAAGGAGGAGGGCAACGAUGAUGAGGCCCAGCCUCAACUCAAGAAGGAGAAGAAGGACAAAAAGCAGAAGCAGAAGCCAUCUGAGGACUUGGUAGAAACCGCUACUACACCUGCGAAGGACGCUGUCGCAAAAGCAACACCUCUGCCUCCCGCUCCUCCUAAGCUCACGCCUCUACAAGCAUCUAUGAGAGAGAAGCUCAUUUCAGCACGCUUCCGUCAUCUCAAUGAGACUCUCUACACCCGCCCCUCCGAAGAGGCCUACAGCCUUUUUGAUGAAUCUCCAGAGAUGUUCGAUGAGUACCACGAGGGUUUCCGACGCCAGGUCAAGGUUUGGCCUGAGAACCCUGUCGACAGCUUCCUCAAAGAUAUCCGGGGACGCGGCAAAGCCCGCCAACAAGGCAAAGGCAAGCCUGGAGCUCCUCCCACACCUCUCACCAAGACCCCACUGCCUCGCACGCAACAAGAGUGUACUAUUGCAGAUCUUGGCUGUGGUGACGCUCGUCUUGCUGAGGCUCUUCAGUCAGAUGGCAAGAAACUGCGCAUCAACGUCAAGAGCUACGAUCUUCAGAGCCCAAGCCCUCUAGUCACCAAGGCUGAUAUCGCCAACUUGCCUCUCGCUGACGGUUCCGUCAACGUCGCUAUCUUCUGCCUUGCUCUUAUGGGCACCAACUGGGUUGACUUCGUCGAGGAGGCCUAUCGUAUCCUUCACUGGAAGGGCGAGCUCUGGGUUGCCGAAAUCAAGAGUCGCUUCGGUCCCAUUCGAAACAAGCAUGCCCCUGUGACCCACAGUGUUGGUAACCGCAAGAAGAAUGCAGUCGCCGGCAAGAAGGGCAAGGGCAAGGGUGCUGAUAAUGAUGCUGGCAACGACGAAGAUCUGGCCGUGGAGGUUGAUGGUGCGGAUGAUCGCCGCCGAGAGACUGACGUGUCAGCUUUCGUGGAGGUGCUCAGGUCGCGCGGUUUCGUCCUUCAGGGAGAUCGAGAGGCAGUCGACCUGUCCAACAGGAUGUUUGUCAAGAUGCACUUCAUCAAGGGCGCAUCGCCAACAAAGGGAAAGCAUGUCAAGGAGCAAGAGGCCCCCAAGGGCAGAAGGGCUAUCGUCCGCAGGAUAGACCCUAUUGAUGAGGAGCCAGAGGCUAACGAGGCCUCUGUAUUGAAACCUUGCGUCUACAAGAUCAGGUAA